UGUGGUCCUAGAUCAAGUGAUGAUGUGGAAAGGGCAAAAUAUUGUGAUUGAUGCUCGAUGACAGGCAGGUAGGCAGGUAGGCGAGCGAGCAACGAGCCUCGGCACGGGGAAAGCGGGAUGGCGGGAUGGCGGGAUGGCGGUCAAUGCGUGCCCGACUUCCUCAUUCAGCAAGCACCUUGAUUUGCGACGGCCGUGUGCAGCUUGCUAAGAUUCGAGUAUUCGCUCUGUCUGCAGACUCGUUGAGAUAGUCUUUGACAGCCAUGGGAGACUCGUUCUUACGUACCGUCGUCGACACCCCGCCGCUCUCCUACUCGACCCCUCCCUUUCCCUCCUUGUACUGGCCCUUUCCCGUUGGCGGAACUCAGACUCUGUACCUCUACCACUCUCACGACAUAUGGCGCUUCACCCUCCUCUGGACCAUCAUUGAUGUCGUCGGUAUCCAUCUAAUUGCUGCUGCUUUUGCCAUGGCUAUUCAGUGGCGCAACUGGAAGCUCAUCUGGAUUGCCCCAAUCGUCUUCGCUUCCAUCGGCGCCAUCGAGGCCCUGAUUGCUGGCAACGUCGUUGGCGGUCUGUUGAGUGGCGUCUACACCGCUGGCUACUUCCGCAUGUCCACCUGGAUCCCCUUUUCCUGGGGCAUCAUCAAUUCUCUGGUCCUCAUCUUGUCCUCCUUUGCCAUUCAAGGUGGCAUGUGAAGCAACAAACUCCGUCGCCUUGCAUCCACCAUCUGGGCACCACAUGCCUCGGCCUAGGCGGCACUCGACUAUCAAGAACCAGCAUAGAGACGCGUAGUCAAUAGCACAUCUAGCCAGCGUACAUGCAGAGGGCGUGACGAGAGUCACACUCUCAUUCAUUGCAGCAGAGAGGCCUGCGUGUACUCGGUGGAAAGAACUUGCUUUGGAUGAGCAUUGGCGACUUCAAGAGCUAAACACACGCAUUUCGCUCUUAAAAGCCACUUCAACUCGACCUGAUUGAGUCAGAUAACGAAG